GUUGUGUGUUACGGACGUCAAAUUCGUAGGACCAACUUCCGGUCUUCUGCAUCCGGCUUCCGGUGUGCUGCUGUUGAGCUUCCGGCAGGCGGACUGCCGGGCUCCCGGCCUUCUUUACCGUUUACUUCGGUUCAUUCCAACCGUUUUUUAAAGGGCUGGCUGGGUGUUUUUCCUGAAAUGAGUUUGGUGAUUAAAAAUCUUCAGCGGGUGGUCCCCAUCAGAAGAAUGCCACUUCGCAGGAAGAUGGAUUUAGUCAGGAGUAUUUUAGGAGUGAAGAAAUUUGACCUGGGGAUCAUCUGUGUUGACAACAAGAAUAUUCAGAACAUUAAUAGGAUCUACAGGAAUAAAAAUGUUCCAACUGAUGUGCUUUCUUUCCCAUUUCAUGAGGUGACAGCCACGCAUGGACUCUGUCACCUGCUGGGCUUCACCCACAGCUCCGAGGCUGAGUGGCAAAAGAUGUACAACCAGGAGAAGCUGGUGCUGGAGGAACUGAGCCGCCACACCGGAGCUAGGCUCCAGCCUCUGAGCAGGGGACUCUACUGAUGCCGCAAAGCUCUGAGACAGAGGACACGAUGGACAGAGUCCUGUCCCUCCACGGUGGAUCUUUGUGGGUCAUGCUGACCUGGAGGGCAUCAGCCCAUACUACAGCUUCGUUCUGUGAGUGGGCAUUGGCUUCAGAAAGUACCAAGGAAGUGCCUGCCGGCCCUCACUCUGAUUAGAAGGCUGGGUGGACUGUUGUGAGCAGAAUAGGACGUUCCAAGACAAGAAACAUAGACGCUGUUUGGGUUUCUAGUGUAGAGUCUGGAUGGACUGCCCUGCCCUGUCUUCCUGAAGUAGAAGGAACAUGCCAGAACACUGAAAUCUAUUCUCAGGCGCCUGCAGACAAGCAGGCUCAAAAGGACAAGGUUCCCACCCCUACCCUCAGGAACUCUGUGACCUGCUUUCUCCAUUCCCAAGAGCCACCUUGUGCCCCCGCCUUUUUUAAGCUGUUGGCUGUAGACACCAUAAGACAGCCCACUGACCUACAGAUCUUGUCUCCUGGGGCCAGAGAUUCAGGUGUGUUCCCCACCUGUGUUGCUGUUUUAAAUUGUUUCAGAUUAUGUUUAUUUGGUGUGUGUGUGUGUACACGUGUGGGUGCACAUUUCUCACUGCAUGCGUGGGGAAGUCAGACAGCUGGCGGGAGAUGGCUCUCUGCUAUGAUGAGCGUCCCAGAGAUGGAACUCAGGAUAUCAGCCUUACCAUCCACUGACAUCCUGUGGGCCACUGUGGUCCCGCCACUGGGGCUCCCCCUACUGGCCGUUAGAGGCAUGAUCAUUCUGCUCAAGUCCCAGAACAUGGAAUUCCGGUUGACCUGAAGUCCUUUACUGUCCAUGCUGAACACCUACUCAAAUCUGGAUCAUUCAUCUUCCCAGCGAGUAGCCAGUGAUCUUGGACCUAGAUAGGGUUUCCUGACCCCUCUGCUGGGUGUACCCCCCAUGUACGCUUAUGCGGCCUGUUCCCUUCUCGGCCACCUAUCUGGUUCGUUUUUGAGCAUCCUUGGGAAAUGAUUGCUUCUGAGUCACUUACUUAUCUGUUUCCCUUCUUCUCUUCUUGGCAUUUCUGGUUUGGUCUGGUGGGUGUUUUUUGGUUUGGUUUGGUUUUGCAGCACCAGGGAUGGAAUCCAGGGCCUUGUCGUGCUCGGUAAGUCCUUUACCACGUUCCGGGCCUGUCGCUCUGCUGCCCUAAAUCUGUGGUUUGGCCAGCAGCUGUAUCUGAGUGCGGUCACACUGUCAUGACUCCAGGCCUGUGGGGGCGGGUUCUGUCCUGUUCCAGGAGGCAUGGUGAUCCUCACUGCUUCCUCAGUUUCUGUUUAUUCUAGGUUCAAUCCCUCGCUUCCUUGAAGGGCCUAUCAUCUCGAUGAAAGUUACACAGACUCUGUGGAUUGGCUGCUCACAUACUUGGGCCAUCUUUAAAAUCCCUGGGGCGCGCUGUGCAUCUUCUCAGAAUACAGGUGUUCAAAAAGGCUCUUAGUCCCUAUCGGCCGCUGUUAAGGGGCGUGGCCAGGAGCUUUUACCCCAGUCACGGGGGACCCCUAAGCCCUCUACAGGGCCUGCUCAAACUCUCCAGCCAAACAGCAGGCUCGAAAGGAACUAGGAAGACUGAGUGUGGCGGUGGUCCAUGAGCACUCCCCGGUGGUCAUACAGCCAGGGUGCGCCCAGGUGCUAGCAUGCUUCCUCCUUGUUAGCCCGGCAUUGUCAGGCCAUGCUGACAAACAUCUGCCAAACAUCUGCCUCCAUCAGAUUAAUAAUUAAAUCAUAUGAAAAGGGAAAUUGUGUGCUCUUUUUUAAAAAUAUUUUUAAAGAAUUUAUUAUUUAUAUAUUAUGUAUAUGAGUACACUGUCGCUGUCUUCAGACACACCAGAAGAGGGCAUCAGAUCCCAUUACAGAUGGUUGUGAGCCACCAUGUGGUUGCUGGGACUUGAACUCAGGACCUCAGGAAGAACAGUCAGUGCUCUUAACCGCUGAACCAUCCCUCCAGUCCCUUUGUGGGAGCUCUUUAACUGGUGCUUGUAACAAAAACAAGUUUCUCAGGGAUUCUAAAACAGACACCAGGUUUUUGGUGAGGAGCUUAGCAAAUGAAAAACUUCACCUUAGGCAAAUGAAAACUUACUAUAAUUCUCAGAAGAAAAAAACAAUCUAUAAAAGCAGGUGGAUUGUAGUAUUUGGUUUCAGGCCCGGGACAAGGGGCUGAGGUGCAUAUUUGCAUAGCAAAAAAGACCUGGUCUCCAGGUUCUCCCAGCAUCCCUCAGUCCCUACCUUGUAUACCUCGUCCCCAAACCUGGACUUUUCUAGCCCAUGGUCUGGGCUGCCCUUCCCCCAGAGGCUCCUCUCUAACCCAGACAUUGUGAUCUCCUUGCUCCUCUUCUUCUUCUUCUCCUCCUCCUCCUCCUCUUCCUCUUCUUCCUCCUACUCCUCCUCUUCUUCCUCCUCUUCCUCCUCCUCUCCGCGCAUGCUCUUUCUCUUCUUUCUCCCCUCUCUCCGUUCCCAUAGCAGCUUCCUUGGCCUCCUUCCUUGGGGCCAGUGAUCUCGCCUGCACAAUACACCUGUUGUCUCAUUUCACCAGCGGAAAAAUAACUUACCAUGUAUCACUCCAGUGAUCCCAUCUAGUAGGGAGACUGAGGCAGGAGAAUUACCAGUUUGAGGCCAGCCUUAGCAACUCAGUGAGGUGCUGUCUCAAAGUGGUAAGAGGUCCGUGGCUGUUAACUUAAUGGAAAAGCACUUGGCUAAUGUGCUUGAAAGCCUGGGUUCAACCCCAUACCACAAAAAUCAUAAAUCUUUCCAAAUAAAAGAUUAAGCCAGACGUAGCUGUGCACUUCCAGCGCUCAGGAGGCAGAGGCAGAUGGAUCUCUUAGUGUGAGGCCUGCCUGGUCUACGAGGCCUGCCUGGUCUACACAGAGACUUUCUGGACAAGGGACAACACGGAAGAGAGACCUGCCUCAAAAAACAAUAACAAACAAAACCAUUAAAAUAACAAAGAAACUAGGCUUGGUUAGGCAAGCCCUAGGCCAGCUAUCCGAAGUUGGAAGUGAUCAGAGGCAGGUGGAGCUCAGAGGAUGAGUUCAAGGUCAGCCAGGUCUGCAUAGUACAUGACCAAUCAGGGCUACAGAGUAAGACCCCCAUCUCAAACAAACAAAAAAGGAGUCAGACAUGAUUGCACAAGUCUAAUCCUAGCAGCAGGCAAGCUAGGACUGUAGUCUGUUGUCAGCCUGGGCUCAAAAGCAAUAAAACCAAAAAGGAAAUUAGCUUUUCCAAUGCAACAAAAAGAGGCACCAAAAAGUACAGGAAGCACGCACAUGGAUAUGACUUCCUCUCUACCUGAUGGGCCACGGUGGGGAUGGAACUGAGAAAGCGAUCAUCCAACCCUCCCGGAGCAAACAAUGCUUUCUACAUGGCAUGUGCAUUCACCCAUACUUACACAGCCUGCAGGGCACAUGUGUGUGCGUGCGUGCAUACCUCACACCUGGGUCUUGUUAUUAUUUAUUUUAAGAUUUAUUUAUUAUAUAUAAGUACACUGUAGUUGUCUUCAGACACACCAGAAGAGGGCACCAGAUCCCAUUACAGAUGGCUGUGAGCCACCAUGUGGUGGCUGGGAUUUGAACUCAGGACCUCUGGAAGAGCAGUCAGUGCCCUUAACCGCUGAACCAUCUCUCCAGCCUGGGUCUUGUUAUUGUUAAGAUUAUAAAAUGUUAUAUGUAUGAGUGUCUUGCCUAUAUGUGUUUAUGUGUGUCCUGUGCGUGCAUGAUGUCCUUGGAGGUCAGAAGAGGACACUGAAUAGGCUGGAGCUUGACUUCCAGAUAGUUGCGAAUUGCCAGGUGGUGCUGGGACUCGAACCUGGCUUGUAAGAACAAGUGCCCCUAACUCGUAGCCACCCAGCCACCUCUCCAGCCCUUUCUUGUUUGCUUGUUUGUUUUUACAGACAGGGUUUCUCUGUGCAACUCUAGCUGGCCUGGAACUAACCAUGUAGACCAGGCUGGCCUUGAACUAGAGGCCUGCCAGCCUCUGCCUCCUGAGCGCUGGGACUAAAGAUACACGCAACUACGUCCAGCUCUUUAUUUUAGCCUUAAUUACAUUUAACUGGUCACGGGGGCUGGGUUCCAGGUGCCCGCCAUGCAAAACUGGAGGUCAGAGGGCAACCUACAGAAGUUGGCCACCCCAUCCCCACCAGUGACCCCGUGUCAUGAGGAUAAAACUCAGUUACCAGACUUCACAGCAAGCACCUUUAUCUGCCGAACCAUCCGUUGGCCCUGUCUAUUUUAACUGAAGUCACCUCACGAAUUCUUCAGCUUGCUUCUUUCACAUUAAAAUGAAGUGGUCACUCCGGAUACGGCCAACAAACAUGUCUUCCUCAGCUACGGAAUUGGGCUGCCCCUUGCUUCAUGUGUGGGCGUGCGUGGCCCAUCGAGGGUAUAACGCAGAGCCUCACCCGUGUUCAACAGACUGUCUGAGCCCUAUCUCCAGUCUCAAUCCGACUCUUAUUCCAGCCUUCCAGAAGAGUGUCAAAACGUGUAUGUAGCUGUAACGACCUAUUCUAAUCUCCAGUCGUUUUGUCUUUAGUCUUAAAGAUUUAUUUAUUUAUUAUAUGAGUACACUGUAGCUAUCUUCAGACACACCAGAAGAGGACAUUGGAUCCCACCACAGAUGGCUGUGAGCCACCAUGUAGUUGCCGGGACUUGAACUCAGGGCCUCUGGAAGAGCAGUCAGCGCUCUCAACCGCUGAGCCAUCUCUACAGCCCGUCUUUAGUCUUUCAUAAUAAAAUGUUUGUAUUCCGCC